AUGUGGUGUACCACCACCAUCAAUUGGGAAGGCUUUUAUUCAUGGCCUCUCUAUGUGGUCAUUGUUUCUGUCGUUCUCUUUGUCUUGUCUUUGAUUUUACUCAUCAAGAGGUAUCAACUAAUGAUUCGACGAAGAAUGGAACAACGACAGCAAGCAGAAGUAGAGAGAAUGGAAUUAGAGAGAGCUAUGAAUGCAGAAACAAUUCGAGUGCCAACCACUAUCUCAGGAAGUGGUACAAUGGUAGAAAUGAAAUUGCCUCCGAAUGCGAAUGUGAGAGAUUUCAGACAAGACGGAAGCACCAUGCAUGGUACGCAUGAACAAACACAGAUGGACCAACCUUAUGUGAUGAGAGAACCUGGAGUGGUCAUGCCCUCCACGAGCAAUGUUCAACCGAUUCAAUUGGGAGUGAAUCAUGAGUCGCAGCAGCCAGCAGUUCAAUAUACAUUCAAUAACAAUCUGCCACCAUCGAUUGUGUAA